AUUUUGGCGUUGAACGGGAAUAGUUCUAAACAUCGCAAAAAUGCUGAAAGUGCGCAGUGGUGUAUCAUUAAUUCAGUCGCAAAAAGCUGUUCUCUCGCUCACCACACAACAGCGCUGGCAAACUAAUGUUGCAACAGCUGAAGCUAGAGAGGAUUCGGAAUGGCUGCAGGCCAAGCCAUUUGAUCAGGUUCCUCGCACCAAUAUGAUAGCAUUGAUAAUGAAGACCUUCAUGCCCGGUGGAAAGUACAAGAACAUGGAGCUAAUGGACAUGUUUGAGGCCAUGCGACAGGAUUACGGCGACAUAUUUUUCAUGCCAGGAAUAAUGGGUAACCCACCUUUUCUGAACACCCACAAUCCCAAGGACUUCGAGGUGGUUUUCCGCAACGAGGGAGUGUGGCCCCAUCGUCCGGGAAAUGAUACUCUUCGGUAUCAUCGUGAGGAGUACAGAAAAGAGUUCUACCAGGGCGUCAUGGGGAUCAUUCCCUCUCAGGGGAAACCCUGGGGAGACUUCAGGACCGUUGUUAAUCCCGUUCUCAUGCAACCGAAGAAUGUGAGACUGUAUUACAAGAAGAUGUCGCAAGUAAACCAGGAGUUUGUGCAGCGUAUAAAAGAAUUGAGGAAUCCCACAACUCUGGAGGCACCCGAGGACUUUAUAGACACCAUCAACCGCUGGACCCUAGAAUCCGUAUCUGUGGUGGCUCUGGAUAAGCAGCUAGGAUUACUCAAGGAUUCGAAGAAGGAGAGCGAAGCACUCAGACUUUUCCACUACCUGGAUGAAUUCUUUAUAGUAUCUGCGGACCUUGAGAUGAAGCCAUCGCCCUGGCGAUAUAUUAAAACUCCCAAGUUGAAGCGAUUGCUAAAAGCACUCGAUGGUAUCCAGGAAGUCACUUUGGCCUACGUCGACGAAGCUAUAGAUCGGUUGGAUAAGGAGGCCAAGGCGGGUGUGGUGCGUCCGGAGAAUGAGCAAAGUGUCCUCGAGAAGCUGCUUAAAGUCAACAGGAAGGUGGCCACCGUUAUGGCCAUGGACAUGCUGAUGGCUGGAGUGGACACAACAUCGAGCUCCUUUACGGCUCUCUUGCUGUGCCUUGCCAAGAAUCCGGAGAAGCAAGCCAAGCUGCGGGAGGAGGUGAUGAAGAUUCUGCCCAACAAGGACUCCGAGUUCACUGAGGCGUCUAUAAAGAACAUCCCCUAUCUGCGAGCCUGCAUAAAGGAAUCCCAGCGCGUUAACCCAUUGAUUGUCGGAAAUGCACGAGUCCUUUCUAGGGACGCAGUUCUCAGUGGAUACCAAGUGCCAGCUGGAACCUAUGUGUCCAUCGUUCCUCUGAAUGCCCUGACCAGAGAUGAGUACUUCCCGCAAGCUUCCGAGUUCCUCCCAGAGCGUUGGCUGCGUACCCCCAAGAAAUCAGAGGCCAAGUGUCCAGCAAACGAACUGAAGUCCACAAAUCCAUUUGUGUUCCUCCCCUUCGGUUUUGGACCUCGCAUGUGUGUGGGCAAACGUAUCGUAGAAAUGGAACUGGAGUUGGGAACAGCUCGACUCAUUCGUAACUUUAACGUGGAGUUCAAUUAUCCCACGGAGAAUGCCUUUCGAUCUGCAUUGAUAAAUCUACCGAACAUUCCGCUCAAGUUUAAGUUCACUGAUUUGCCCAACUAAUAUUUCGAUAUUUUCAUUUAAUUGGAAGUAACAGUUCUAAAAAUUGGCCAAGUAAAAAUUUUUGUGAUACCUUUGACAUUCAAUAUUUUAUAGUUACGAACCUAGUUUUAGCGGUUGUAUAAUGACAAUGUCAUAUCAAAUCUUAUUAAAAAAUAUAUUUAGUUGUAAGCUUUUAAAGAAACAUGUAUCCCAAUCCGUUAUCAAAUAAAACACCUUGAGUUUUCUAUACA